UGUCACUUUCAGUUUGAAAUUUUUUGGAAAUGCUGUCGAUGCACAUAGUAUAAGAAAAUAAAAAUAUUGUCUUCGCACUGUUAUUAUAAAAAUGUCCGGUACAACAUCAUACAAUAAUGAGAAAGUGGUGCAAGGAGAAGUUGAAUAUCCUGCUAGCGAUCCGGCCUCCGGGGCUUUCUUUCAGCCAGAUUAUAAGAAAAAUGAAGACCUGAAGCUGAUGUUGGACGGAUCAAAAGACUCUCUCAAGUUAGAGGCCAUGAAAAGAAUUAUUGGCUUGAUUGCAAAAGGAAGAGAUGCAUCCGACUUAUUUCCAGCAGUAGUGAAGAAUGUUGUAUCAAAGAAUCUUGAAGUGAAGAAGUUGGUGUAUGUGUACCUGGUCAGGUAUGCAGAGGAGCAACAGGACUUGGCGCUGCUAUCAAUCAGUACGUUUCAACGAGCUUUAAAGGAUCCCAACCAGUUAAUCCGAGCCAGUGCUCUCCGAGUGUUAUCAUCGAUCAGAGUGCCAAUGAUAGUUCCUAUCGUAAUGCUUGCUAUACGGGACUCCGCCAGCGACAUGAGCCCUUACGUUAGGAAGACGGCAGCCCACGCUAUACCUAAACUAUAUAGCCUGGAUCCAGAUCAAAAGGAAGAACUGGUGGCCAUCAUCGACAAGCUUCUAUCGGACAAGGCCCCGCUAGUGGUCGGAUCGGCUGCUAUGGCUUUUAACGAAGUCUGUGGGGACCGUAUGAACUUGAUACAUAAGAGUUACAGGAAGCUAUGUCUGCUGCUAGCUGAUGUGGAUGAAUGGGGUCAGUUAGCACUCCUGAAUGUGCUAACGUACUACGCCAAGACCUGCUUUCCUGAUCCCAACAAUGAGAGCUGUUCCAGUGACAGCGACAACUCCUCGGGCCGUCACUCCCCUCGCGUGGAGGCCGACCUGCGUCUGGUGCUGCGAGCGGCCAAACCACUGCUACAGAGCAGGAACUCCGCCGUGGUACUGGCGGUCGCGCAAUUGUUCUAUCACUGCGGACCAGUCCAGGAGAUGCCGCCCGUGGCCAAGGCCAUGGUUCGCCUCCUGCGAGCGCCGUCCGAGAUCCAGAGCGUGGUGCUGAACACCAUCGCGUCUCUCACCGUCUCCAGGCCGAGCCUGUUCGAGCCGUUCCUGAAGUCGUUCUUCGUGCGUACGUCGGACCCCACGCACAUCAAGCUUCUGAAGCUGGAGAUCCUCACCAACCUGGCCACGGAGACCAGCUCGCCCGUGGUGCUGAGGGAGUACCAGACGUACGUCACCACCAGCGACAAGACCUUCGUGGCCGCCACCAUACAGGCCAUAGGACGCCUGGCCGUCCGCAUACACUCCGAGACGGAGACCUGCCUCAACGGCCUGCUGCACCUGCUGUCCAGCAAGGAUGAGUGGGUGGUGUGCGAGGCGGUGGUGGUGGUGAAGCGCGUGGUUUGCGGAGGAGCGAGCUCGGCGCGGGCCGCCGUCAGCAGAGCUGCCAAACUACUCCGAUCAGACCGCCUGGCGGGCGGCGCUCGUGCGGCCGCGGUGUGGCUGGUGUGUGAGCACGGGUCCCAACACGCGAGGGCCGCGGCCGUCCUCGCUCACAUGGCGGAGAGCUUCGCUGAGCAGGAGGAGCUGGUGAAGCUGCAGCUGCUGUCCCUGUCGGUGAAGCUGUCCGUGACGCAGCCGGCCACGCGGCCCGUGUGCCAGUACGUGCUGUCUCUGGCGCGCUACGACUCCAGCUACGACGUGAGAGACCGCGCCCGCUUCCUCCGCAGCUGCCUCGAGGGACGCCUGGCCGAGUUCGCCAGAGAGAUCUGCCCGGACACGCCCAAGCCCAGCGUGCAGGCGAACAACAAAGAGCGUACUCAUUACACGGUGGGGUCUCUGUCUCAGUACAUCGGGUCGUGUGCGUGCGGCUACCGUCCGUUGCCGACAGCGCCCUCUGCGGACACGUGCGCCGCGCUCCGGGACUCCGCCCCCGCCGAGACGGAGCCCGAGCGAGACAUGGACCAGCAGAAGAACAAGAGCUUCUACUCCGAGCCCGGAUCCACGUCCUCCUCGUCCAGCUCCAGCAGCGAGGAGUCCACAGACGAAGAGGAUUCCAAUGAGGCGGACGACAAACAAGAAAAAGCUAAACAAAUCAAUAAUUACAAAUCCUCCUCAUCCGGCACCAGUGACUCGGAGUCGGACAGCUCGUCCUCACAGAGCGACAUCGACUCGGAGACUGAUCACCAACAGGACGGAGAAGAAGGAGACGGGGCGGACGGAGAUGAUAAGCCACCGAACAAACGGGAACCGGAAGUCAAAGAAAAGAACGACAAAUCCAAUCUGGAGCUGCUCCUUGAACUGGACGAAGUGGCGAGUUCGUUGCCCACCAUGACGCCCACGUGCGGGGGCUUCCUGUCACCCACCACGCCACAAACGGAGAAUGAGGACGACUCCAUAGUCCCCGUGGGUCCGACCCACGUGCCCGGCGAGGUCGAGCUGGUGUCCCGCGUGCGAUGGUCCGGGCUGGGGGUCAGCCGUCGCUGGUUACGAGCGCCCCACCUGUACUCGGACAAGAUGGUCGCCGUGCAGCUGAAAUUCACAAACCACGGGCACGAAGACGUAGAGAAUAUACGACUCGAGAAAAAGGAGGUUCCCCCCUCCCGCUCCAUCCAGGAGUUCCCGGUGAUUCCCCGCCUCGCUCCGGGCUGCUCCACCACCGUCCUGCUGGGCAUCGACUUCGCCGACACCAUCCACCCCAUGGACUUCACACUCGCCAGUUCCAACGGCUCCGUGAGCGUGUCCGUGAGCCCGCCGGUGGGCGAGCUGGUGCGUGCCGUGCGCGUGUCGUCGGCCGUGUGGACCAAGACCUGCAACGCUCUGCGAGGAAUGAACGAGUGCAGCAAAGAAACCUCCAACCCCGGGGACGAGAACAUCUGUCGUCGUGUUCUGGAGGCGGCCAACCUGUGCCGUGCGGAAGGCUCGGAGGAGAUGCGGUUCAGCGGACGGAGCAUGAGCUCCCGGGCCCUGGUGCUGGUAUCGGUGACGAGGGUCGAGGCCGACCGGUUGGCGGUCGUGGUCCGCUGCGAGAACAUAGCACUCGCCAACCUCAUGGCCGGCCACAUAGCGACCGCCCUCGACGGCUAGAACACUCGCACCGUCGCACGGCUGCCUCGCUCGAUAUAUUCCAGCGUAUAAGAUUCUUGCAAGGAUUUAUAGUCAAAUUCUCUGACAAUAUUUUUAUUACACAGUGAACCGUAUCUGUAUUGUAUGCGUCCAGAGUGAAACAAUCGCAACAUCUUCACAAAUUACUUAUAAGUCGGUGAAUUAAAAUGUAAUGAUGUUAAAGUUAUCGCAAUACUCCGCAUUUAAACCCUCGGGUCACAAUAGUUAACUUUUUCUCAGCGUAUUUCAGCUCACAGAUAUCAUUUGGAAUGCAGUCAGUUCAUGUCUGCAGUGUGCAACUCGCUUUAUAUCAUAAGCAAAUCGUUUUAACCUUUUUCUUUUUCUUCUAGUCAGAAAACAAACGAAUAAUCUCGAAAUUUUUAUUAAAACUAUCGUCACGGAUGUCCUAGGUUAAGAUUCAUAUAAAAUAAAAUAUAUUAUCACAUAAACUGACAAGCACCUAACGUUAUACAGCAUGUAUCAAUAUACGAUUUACAAAAUGAUA